AUGGCCUCGUGGUACAAGAACAUACUCACAAACACAACGUCGCAGCUCUCAAGCCUGCAGUCGCGGCUCCUGCAGACGGAGAACGACGGCGACACGGAGGACGACACGCACGUCUGCCGCGUGCUCCGCGCCUACUACACCCAGGAGCAGCGGCCCCUCCCCGGCUGGCUGCCGCCGGACCCCAAGGCCACGCCGCCCGGAUCGACAAGCGUGCCGGCGCCGGCGGCUGCGGGGGGAGGUUCGGCGCAGGACAGGCUGAAGCAGAGGCUCUGGGGCGGCGGCGCGAGGACGACGAGCCCGGCCGGGUCGCAGGGGCCCUACCAGCCGCCGAGCUCGGGAGGAGGCAGCCAUGGCGGUGACUAUGAGGAGAGGUUCGCGCCGGGUGGCCAGUAUGAUGGGAGGGGAGGCGGCGACAGGUCGUACACGGGUUCGAGCACGUCGUGGUCCAACAAUGAGCCUGCAUACGGCGGUGGGGGAGGCGGCAGGCCGGCACAGGGAUUGCCCAGCGGGCCAAGACGACAGGGACUUCCCAGCGGGCCGCGCAUGAGGUGCUUCGUCCAGCGGUAUGCCGCACGGCAGGCAUGGACACGGACAGCAACGGUCAAAAAGUCAUCCAGACCAGUUGAUCUGCUACUGCUGGGGUGAGCCGGGAUCGAACCAGCGACCUUUAGAUUGGAUUCCCGAAGUUGGCUUCAGUCUAACGCGCUCCCAACUGCGCCAUCCCCCCUGUGGCUGCUUCUCGGCCGCGGGGCAUCGUGUCAUGGGACGCGGAGAGAUGGAGUAGAGGAAAGGAGCUUUAGAAAAAAAAAAAAAGAAAAAAAAAAAAGAU